AAAUAUAAAAUAAAAUAAAACAAUAACCAUACCCUCCAAAAUCAAGUUCCUCUCCAAGUUCCAGUAAUGGAGAACAGAACCCAUAUAUUUUUCAUUUGAAAACCAUCAAAUCAUGGCCUCCAAUUUCAUUAUUGGAUUUCAUUGCUCAAAUCCACCCUUUUCUUCUUCUUCUUCUUCUUCUUCUUCUUCUUCUUCUUCAAAUCUGCUGCUUAGCAAAUCGCUGCCCUUGAAGUUCCAUUCUCGUUGUUCAUCUUCUUCGAGAAAAUUCGCUGUUUCUGAGAGCGCCGAGGGUAGAGUUAACGAAGAGGAAUUUCUCAUUUCGUCUUCUUCUGGAUCAUCUUCUUCUGCACGCACACAACUCGAUCUCUUGGAGCAACUCUCUUCUGGUAGCCAAUUAGUUGAUGGUUAUGAAAGCGAUGGCAGUUACGGGAAAACUACGAUUCGUGAUCAGCUUGCGCAAUUGUUCAGAGACAGAGAUGACGAUUUUAGCGUUCCGUUGGGUAAGAACUUGAAGAAGGUUAGUGCCAAGUUUUUGACAAUUUCUCAGAAGAGGAAUAUCAAAAGACAAGCAUACCUUAAUGAAGUAUCUCAAAGAAACGAUUCUGUUUUCUUUGCUACAGUUGGAGCAUUUGUAAUUUUGCCCCCUAUUGUAAUAUUGGGAAUUGCUAUACUAACUGGUUAUGUGCAACUUUUUCCAUGAUAUAUAUUUUACACGUACAUCUUAUAUAUAUAUAUAUAUAUAGAAGUGAUAGAAGUGAUAGAAGUGAUUAUCACUUGAUACUGAA